CAGUGUGUGUGACGUGCGUGUUUUAUCAAAUAAUCAUAAUAUCACUUCAUGCCUGUAAUCUUGCGCGCGCGCUCCCUCGGCCACACACUUGCUGCCACUGCGCCUUCUCUCGUUCUCUCCUCCUCCUCUUUUUUUCAUUCCACCCGAGCUUUCGGAGUCGCUGCUUGUACUUACUGACAAACACUAUACCAUCAGAGAGGCAAAUCGUCAAAAUGCUGCCGCGUUUUCUCAGGCCGACCAUCACCAUCGCCACCCAGAAUGGCGCCAAGCAGCUGUCCACUAGCUCCCAGCGUAAUGCCAAAGUGGCCGUCAUGGGUGCCAGUGGUGGCAUUGGCCAGCCACUGUCCCUCUUGCUCAAGCAAUCGCCACUCGUCACCGAAUUGUCGCUCUACGACGUUGUAAAUACACCUGGUGUAGCUGCUGAUCUGUCCCACAUCAACACUGCCUCCAAAGUCACAGGGUUCACCGGACCAGAUGAGCUCAAGCAGUCGUUGAAGGGAGUUCAAGUCGUUGUCAUUCCUGCUGGUGUGCCUCGUAAACCGGGUAUGAGCCGCGAUGACCUUUUCAAUACAAACGCAUCGAUCGUGCGCGAUCUCGCCCAGGCUGUUGCUGAAGUUGCGCCAAAAGCUUUCGUGGCCAUCAUCUCGAACCCUGUAAAUAGUACCGUACCAAUUGCCAGUGAAGUAUUCCAGAAGGCCGGUGUAUACGACCCCAAUAGAAUUUUCGGAGUUACCACUCUUGACAUUGUUAGGGCAAACGCCUUUAUUGGAGAGGCUAAGGGAUUGGAUCCCCAAAAAGUUAGUGUACCUGUUAUCGGAGGACACAGUGGUAUUACCAUUAUUCCACUGAUAUCCCAAGCUACCCCAUCAGUAUCGUUCCCGCAAGACCAGCUCAAGGCCCUCACCGAGAGGAUCCAGGAGGCUGGCACGGAGGUAGUCAAGGCCAAGGCUGGUACUGGCUCGGCUACUCUCUCCAUGGCCUAUGCAGGCGCCCGAUUUGCCUUCUCCCUCAUCAGAGCACUAAACGGCGAGUCGAACGUCGUCGAAUGCUCUUACGUUAGGUCCAACGUCACCGAAGCCAAAUACUUUUCCACCCCCGUUGUGCUGGGCAAAAACGGAGUUGAAAAGAACCUUGGCCUCGGCAAGCUCAGUGACUUUGAGUCGAAACUCCUCGCUGCAGCUAUUCCCGAACUCAAGAAGAACAUCCAAAAAGGCGAGGAUUUCAUUAACAAGAAGUAAAUUAGAACCAUUAACGAAUGACCGAGAGGAAAAAAAAAAAAAAAAAAAAAAACCCGUAAUACGAAGCUGUUAGAUUGAUUUUUUUCAAUCCAGGAACUUUAUUGUUGACGCGAAUUGCAGCAUUUACAUGUCAAUAGUGCGAUCGAGAAUCAUGUAAUAUCUUGUAUUAUAAAGUCGAUUGAUCAUAAGAAAAAGAAGAAAAAAAAAAAUUCGCUAGACGAGUUUUUCACAUUGGCCGAUAUUUAUAAUCAUCAUUGUAAGCCCUUGUUAAAUAAAAACCAGUUAGUUAAAUAAA